CACAUCCAUUCCUCACACAUUUCAUAGCUUUACAUUGCAUCAUUCCAUAAACUUUUUACAUAGCUUUUUAGAGCCAUUUCUUGAGGAAUUGAGUGUGUUCUUGAUCUAAAUUAGUUUACUCAUAUUCUACUCUUUAAGAGAGUUUUUGUUCUUGAGUGGUUAAGUGUUGUGAACACUUUAAGGGAGAAUUGGUCAUGUGUUCGAGAUGUGUAGAAAGAGAAAUACUGAAAACACAAAGGGUACAGGAGGAAAGAAAAUUUGGAGACCUAAAACCACACCACAGGGGGGCAAGGAUGAAGCAGCACCACCCUCCAUACCCCAGAGAACUGAAACAGAAAAGGAAGAUAAUAAGAGGGAUAAGGAAAAUGUAGAGGCAAAGAAUCCAGAGAACUCUGAUGACUCAGGAUUCCUUGAGAUUUCAAAGAAAAAAGCUGCGAGGAGGUCUUUGGAAGGUACAGAAGGGGAUUUUAAUACAGUUCUGAAACAGGAUGAGAAAAUUGGUGGCAAUCCUGUUAGUUGGGAGGAAGUGAGACCGUUCCAAGACUGUCUAAAUUUGUGUGGAUUAGAAGAUCUACCAUUUGAAGGACCUAGAUUCACAUGGACAAAUAACCAAGAUUAUGAUAAGCGCAUCUACUCCAAACUGGACAGAGUCUUGGGGAAUAUUAACUGGAUGUGCAAUUUUGAUUACAAGGUGUAUUUUAAAGAAAGGGGAAUCUCAGAUCAUUCUCCCAUGAUAAUACAGAAAAUGGAACAAUUUAAAGCUGGACAUCACUUCAGAUUUUGUGACAUGUGGACCCUAGAUCCCCAAUUCCCUCUUCUAGUGGCUGAUGUUUGGGACCAGGAACACAAAGAUUAUCCUAUGUACCAAGUUAUUCAAAAAUUAAAGCAGCUCAAAGGCCCCCUGAAGAAGCUGAACAAAAGUAAGUUCCAAAAUUUAGAUUCCCAAAUUGAUCAAAUUAGAACUAAACUGCACAUUGUUCAGGCAGAUCAGAGGGCAAACAGUUCUAACACAAAUUUGGCAAAAUUUGAAAAAGAGUUGACUCAGGAGCUACACCAAAAACUCAUAGCUAGCUUCCUCAUGAAAUGUCAACAAUCAAAGGCAGACUGGAUCACAUAUGGGGAUCAAGAUACUAAGCUUUUCCAUGCUUGGGUGAAGAAAAGGAGAGCCCAAACUCAUCUUACUGCGAUUGCUAAAGAGGAUGGAGAAGUAGUGGAGGGGAAAACCAAAGUGGCUAAAGUACUAGUAGAGUUCUAUCAAAAUCAACUAGGGAGGACAAUGGAGACUGAGGAUAUUAACCCGAACAUUAUCUCUAUGGGUAAUACACUAUCAAUUGAUCAGCAGUUGGCCUUGAUUGCUCCUAUAACCCCUGAUGAGAUAAAGACUAGUCUGUUUGAGAUUCCUAAUAAUAAAAGCCCGGGGCCAGAUGGUUUUAGCAGCGGAUUCUUUAAAAACCAAUGGAAGAAGGAGAACAAGUUUCUUCAUCUAACCAACAUGAGAAAAGGCUCUUUCCCCUUCAGGUACCUUGGAAGCCCUAUUACCUCCUCCAGGAUCAGUGCUAAAGAAUGUGAAGCACUCACUGAGAAGUUAACUACUAAACUGACAGUUUGGACUUCUAAGAACCUUUCUUAUGCAGGAAAGGUAAAACUAAUUAACUCUGUCCUUUAUGGGAUUAUUGGUUUCUGGAGUAGAUUGUUUAUUAUCCCAUCCAUGGUUAUGAAGAAGAUCCAGUCCCUAUGUAGAAAUUUCCUAUGGGGAUCUUCUCAAAAUCAGAGAAGAACUCCCUUAGUUGCUUGGGACGACCUUUGUCUACCACAGCAAUAUGGGGGCCUCGGCCUUAAAAAUCUGGUGUAUUAUAAUAAAGCUAGCGUUAUGAAAAUGGUGUGGGACAUCGCAUUGGAAAAGGAGAUCUUGUGGAUCAAAUGGAUCCAUAAUAGGUACCUAAAAAACAGUGAUAUAUGGGAAUGCAAAAUCAAGACUGAUGACUGCUUCUAUUGGAAGAAAAUACUACAAACAAGAGAUUGCUUUGUGGAGAUGGGUAGAUCUAGCUCCUAUACUACUGAGGCUGGAUAUCAAUGGCUAUUGGGCCAAAGGCUGAAACCAGGCUGGACUGGCUUGGUCUGGAAUAGGCUCUCACUUCCAAAACAUAAGUUCAUCCUAUGGCUCACCUACAAGGAUAAGCUUCUGACCAAAGACAGAUUGAGGAGGUUUUAUCCUAUUGACACUCAAUGUUUAUUAUGCUCAAAUGGAGAGGAGGAUAGACAUCAUCUUUUCUGCAAUUGCCCUUACACUAGAGAGUUAUAUAAGAAGAUAUAUAAUUGGAGCCAUCAGCUAUUUGAGGGGCAAACCUUCGAAGAGAUUUGUGACCAAAUUCAGAAGAUAACACCAACUAAAAGAAGGAUGAAGCAAACAGCAGUGUUUGCAGCUUGUGUGUAUUACCUCUGGAAGGUUAGGAAUCUGGUCUUUCAUGAGAAUUCCUUAACCCCAACUGAAGAAGCUUUCAACUGGAUCAGAUACCAUGUUAGCACCUUCAUGAAUGCUAAAAUAUGUAGUCCUUAUGUAAACUCAUAGCUGCUUGUGUUAUUAUUAGUCUAAGUGUUAGAGGCAGGUUUUGAAGCUUUGUAUUUUGUUUUCCCGUGCUGCUAUGCACUUAUGUCUUGGAUGAUCAAUAAAUUUAUUUGCAUUUG